UCACCUGUCAGCAUCAACAUGAAGUCAAGGUCAGAUCCAGUCAUGUUCGUGAUUCUUCUGAUUGCAUCAAUGUUUAGCCAAGGUCUCGUAACGGUGAGCUAUGGAAAGGAUUUCAUCACAGCAUUUCCAGAGAACGUGGGUUACUUCUACCCAUACACUUUAAUUAAAAGUCUAAGAGUCACUGCCCUCCAUAACGACACUACCUUCACUGUCCACUUCAACAACACACAAAAAACAUCAUCAGUUCUGGAGAGUGGCGAAACUGCAAAUGUGUCAAUUCCAAAAACUGCUGAAGUACAUCAACUAGGCUCCUCCAGUAACUCUAUCCGAAUUACCAGUGAAAAAGACAUCGUAGUACAAUCUUUCAGUCAGACAAAUAUAGGUACCCUUCCAGAGAAAAGUGUCCAGACCAGUGUUGUUCAACCCAUCACAAAUCUUGGCAAACAAUAUUUGAUCCCUUUGCUGAACCACUCAGACCUUAUCCAAACGUUCAGCGGAUCCCCGGCACCCCUCUGGUCCCAAAGAUACGGCUCGUUCAAGCUGAUCAUCAUCAAUGCAGAGGACACAAAAAACAUGGUCACGAUAUUCCGGAACAUUUCAGCCAGCGUUCAAGAACAAAAAUUCUGGAUCUCAUCAUACCAGCUCAUCCAGUUGCAGGCCAAUGCUUCACUGUUCAAGGUUAAAUCUAGCCAUAAAGUUGCAGUGAUUCUGACUCAUCCAUGUCUAGAAAUGACAGCCUGUAAAUGCAACAUGAUAGUGAAUCAGAUUCUUCCUACAGAAUUUCAUGGUCAGAACUUUGUUGUGCCGUACAUUCCAGGUAUAACCCAGAGCCGCUUGCUUAUUACAUCAAAUGACAAGUCCACUUCUCUAUCUCACAGUAAUGUUCAGUUACAGCCUAGUCCAUCAGGGCUUCUGUCACUUUCAGAUCAGACGAAAUCUCAGUACGUAAAUGCAUCGGGAAACGUGUCCCUCACACUGAUCAGUUCAGGUCUUUUCAUUGAAGUGAUCCCAGAAAACAUGUUUGCUGCCUGCUAUCUGCUACAGGUCUAUUCAGACAUCAGCGGCUCUAAGAAAGCUAUAGUGAUAGCAGAAACUAGCAGCAAAACUAAUCUACACAAACAAAACAGUCCCAUUACAAAUGCUAAGUGGACUGAGAUUACCGGCACAAAAUACUCUUCAGCUAUAAUACCUUUAACAGAGCAAUAUACCUUCAUCUGGCAUCCAUCUUCAAAGAUUGCCGUUUAUAUACUGGAAAACACUGACACGACAGUUUAUGGAGGACCACCUAUACCUAUAAAUACACAACCAGAUGAGUUCGGCUGUGUGGUGAUUCCUGGACAGUUUGAAGUGGAAAGUGAGCCUCUUAGUUGGACUGAGUCCCUGGCUCACUGCACGAGUCUUCAAAAACACCUCGCCUGUCCUACAACGGAAGAUAUUCAGAUGGAGUUAGCCAAUACGGUUAACACAACAGAGGAGGGUUGGAUUGGACUACGACGUAGUCUGAUGACCACAGACUGGUACUGGCAGAGGCAAACGCCAUCAUCAACAUCAUCAUCAUCUGUGGAUUACGUUCACUGGGCUGAGGGGCAUCCACAGGAGAUUUUGAAAGGGCUUUGUGCAUCAUUGUUACUGAAUCAGGAUGAUGAGUAUAAAUGGAAAAGUGCAAAAUGCUGCGAGAAAAAGCGUCCUGUCUGCUACAAACCCCCAAUAUACUUUAAUCCAUUAUCCGUAUGUGACCCCAUCUGUCAAAACACUGUUUUGUGAUGUACUGUUUUCCAUAAAAAAAUAACCCAACAUAAUGUAAAGAACAUUGUGUGGAAAUAUAAUGGAUAAUAUAAACAUAAGUUCUUAUAACAUAAGAUAAAAUCUAACUUUGAUGCUCAUUAUCUCAUAAUCAGAUUUUAAAAUCUUAGUCUGGGUCACAUGUAUAACUUUAAUUUUUUCUGUGUUUUCUCUAGCAUCGCAAUAAUAUUUUUGUCUUGUAGUACCUGAUGGGAGACAAUUAUAUUAAUACAAUUUGCCUUAGUGCAGUAAUCAUAAUGUUAUUAAGAAGUACAUUUGUAAUGCAUGUGCAUAGAGGUUUUCUUAAUUAGCUUCAAAAUAUAAAACAAAACAGGUCUUAAUAAUAGUGUGAAAGCAGAUUUCUAAACUAUACUCAAAUAGUUGAGCUUUCUUCAUAAGGCAUCUACCAAGCAUCCAUUUUCGUUUCAAAAACUAUUUGCCUAAUAGUCUGUUAAUAAACUUUUUCUCUAACCCAAACCAUCUACAGAUUCACAGCACUCUUCUUACAGAAAUCUGAGCUACAUUUUAAAUGAAUAUAUGUUCCUCAUAAACCACAAGAAGUUUGCUUAUUUAGUCAGGUAACGCAAGUAGAAAAAAGUUGGCACGUUCCAGCUCCAAAUGUAUAGAAGUAUUUAUAGCAUGUUCCUCUUUUACAUCCAUGGAAAAAAAUUAAGAGACCAUUCAAAAUUAUUUUCAGUUCUUCCUGAUAUACUAUUUAUAGGUAUGCAUUUAGGUAAGGUAAAAUUAUUUUUGUUUUAUUCUUUGAACUACUAACAAUAUUUCUCCCAAGUUUCAAAUGAAAAUAUUGUUUCUAUUUGCAGAAAAUGAAAACUGGAGGACCAGGCCCAAUUUUUUUUUAAAGAUGCUCUUGUUUUUCAGACCUUAAAUACUGCAAAGAAAACAAGUUCACAUUCACUUAUAAGCAAUACAACAGUAAUAUUUGUACUGUUUUUAGGAAAUGCCAAAAAUAAUUUGUUCAUGUGAUAACCUCAAUUUUUAUCACAGUUUUCAUGUGUCUCGUCAUGCUGUCGGUCGUUCACAUUGCUGUUGGAUGACUUUGUCACUCCUGAGGUUUGAUUUUGUCAAAAUUCAACAGACACUGAACUGGAAUGGCCACAAAGCAUCUAGAAAUGCUGAUUAAAUUGAAAUUUGGAAUUUCUCUUCACUUUUCCCACGGCUGUAUUUAGUCACUAGUCAUAAUAGAUUAUGUUUAUUAGUAGUGUAUGUGUCUUUUACACUGGGGUUUUGAUUCUGUAAAGCUGCUUUAAAACAAUACAUAUUGUAAAAAUCAU